AUGUUGGAGGGACUCGUUGCCGGCCUGCUCAAUAGAUUCCUGGGCAUGUACGUCAAGAAUUUCGAUCCAGCACAGCUCAAGGUUGGAAUCUGGUCUGGCGAUGUCAAGCUACGUAACCUCGAGCUUCGGAGGGAAGCCCUCGACCAGCUGAAGCUUCCCAUCAAUGUCAUGGAAGGCCAUCUCGGCGAGCUCACACUCAUAAUCCCAUGGUCCAACUUGCGUGGCGCGCCUGUCAAGGUCUUCAUCGAGGAUGUCUUCCUGCUGGCCUCCCCCCGGGAAGAGGCUGCGUAUGACGAGCAAGAGGAAGAGCGUAGGAAGCAGAGAAUCAAGAUGGAGAAACUCGAUUCUGCAGAGCUUCUCAAGGAGAGGUCUCAGGAGGGCAUGAGCCAGGAGGAGCAGAAAAAGAGCCAGACCUUCACCCAGAGCCUGGUCACCAAGAUUGUUGACAACCUGCAAGUCACAGUCAAGAACAUCCAUAUCCGAUACGAAGAUUCCAUUUCCGCUCCCGGACACCCCUUUGCACUUGGUGUGACUCUCGAGGAGUUCAGUGCUGUCAGCACCGACGGACAGUGGAAGCCUACCUUUGUCCAGGACUCGACCAAGAGCACCCACAAGCUUGCAACCCUCGGCGCCCUCGCCGUCUACUGGAACACAGAUACAGAGCUGCUGGGCCCGGGCCGAGAAGUUGAUACCGGCGAUAAACCACCGAUGCCGCAUGAUGAAAUGGUUGACAAGUUCAAGAGUCUGAUAGGAUCGACCGAGGAUACAGGCCUCAACCACCAAUUCAUCCUGCGACCCGUCAACGGAAAGGCAAAAAUCGUCCUCGACAAGACGGGGGAUGUCCAUGCUCCCAAGGCCAAAGCCAGUCUACUCUUUGAGGAGAUUGGCCUCGUAAUCGAUGACGACCAGUACCGUGAUGGCUUGAUGAUGGUUGAUCUUUUCCACUACUUCAUCCGCCACCAAGAGUACAAAAAAUUCCAGCCCAAAGGAGUCACACCCAAGGAAGACCCCAGGGCCUGGCUCAAGUUUGCUGGUGACUCAGUGCUCAGCAAGAUCCACGAGAAGAACCGUAGAUGGUCAUGGGAAUACUUCAAAGAACGACGUGAUGACCGCCAACGCUACAUUGAACUCUUCAAAAAGCGCAAGCAACAGCAACAACUCGGCUCCCAAGAGAACGAAGACAUCAACAAACUCGAGAUCAAGCUUGAUUACGAGGAUCUCCGAUUCUGGCGAUCUCUGGCACGGAACCAGCUUAAGAAGGAGAAUGCCGCUGCCCUAAAGAACCAGCCCCCUAAACAGGAGCAACAAGGCUGGCUGGCGUGGGCCUGGGGUAGUGGCCAGAAGCAGCAGGAGCACCAUGCUGAAGAUGACGAGAACACACAAAUCACCGAGGAGCAGCGCAAAGAGCUCUACGAUGCUAUUGAGUUUGACGAGAAGACUGCCUUGGCAGAGUCAGUUGAUGUUCCUCGGGACUCUGUCAAAAUGCAAGUCGAGGCAUGGCUGAGCACCGGAAGCUUUACGCUGAAGAAGAGCCAUAAUGGCAAGCGGAGUGAUCUUCUCAGCCUGCACUUUGAUGUCUUCAAAGCCAAGGUGCUGCAGCGUCCUGAUUCCUUCCUGGCUGAUCUUAGUCUGGGCGGACUUCGUGUCAACGAUGGUACAACGCCAGACUCACUGUUCCCCGAGAUUGUCAGAGUCAAGGAUGCCCCCGAGAUCCACGACCAAAAGCGCCUGACCAUCGAAGAGCUCGAAGACAACGACGAUGAACCCUUCUUCCGCUUCGAGGUUGAACAAAAUCCCAUCGAUCGCGAAGGCGAUAUUGCUCUCAGCGGAUCCCUCAAGCCACUCGAGAUUGUCUGGAAUCCAAACUUCGUUGUAGGCGUGGCCGACUUCUUUAGACCACCAGAACGACACAUGGAGUCCAUCACGGCGCUGAUGGAAACCGCCGGCGCCACCGUAGAGACCUUCCGAGAACAGACGCGGGCUGGUCUGGAAUUUGCUCUCGAGGAGCACAAGACCAUCAAUGCUCAGCUUGACCUGCAGGCCCCGCUUAUUAUCGUACCGGUCAGCAUCAACGUCAAAGAAUCUACUUGUCUAAUUCUGGAUGCCGGUCAUAUCAGCGUUAACAGCGAGCUGGUGGACCAGGACACUAUGAAACAGAUUCAGUCGAAACAACGCCAGUCGUACACUGACGAAGACUUCAAGCGCUUAGAGUCUGUCAUGUACGACAAAUUCUUGGUCAAGCUCUCCUCCACGCAGGUGCUAAUUGGUCCCUCGAUCGAGGCGACAAAGGCUCAAAUAUCGAACAAGGACGACACACAGCACUUGCACGUGGUGGAAGAGAUCAACGUCGACUUUGUGGUUGAGACUUCGAUUCUGCCCAAGGCGCCAAAUCUGACCAAAUUGAAGGUCUCUGGCCACCUUCCUAUGCUCCACGCAACCAUAUCAGAUUCCAAGUACAAGAAUCUAAUGCGAAUUAUCGAUGUCGCCAUCCCCAAAUUUGGCAACCAAGAGCUGCAACAGGCGCAAAUCAAGGACUCCCAGGGCCAAGCAGUGACAACUCGCCCACGUGGUCUUAGCACCGCCUCUAACCGAUCGCGUUCUCGCAAGGACACCAAUAGCCGCCGGAAGUCUUCCCAAUUCCCUUUCAUGCAGCAACAAACUGCCAUUGUGAUUGACGAAGAUGACGACGAUCAGGACGAGUUUGAGGACGCCGACGAUGGUGGUAGGAGCAACAAGGAACAGCUAAAGCUCCAACAGCGUUCUUUCGAGCUCAAGUUCAAGGUCGACACCCUAAAGGGAUCCCUCUACCGGAGCGAUCCUGACAGGAAGAAGCCUGAUCAGCUUCUUGUCGAGCUUGUUGCUGAGAAUUUUGACCUUCUCUUCUAUCUACGUCCAUAUGACAUGUCUGCGGAGGUCUCGCUUGGUUCCGUCAUCAUGGACGACUUUGUUGACAACCCUCCUGCGGAGUUCAAGUCCAUCGUUUCAUCUGGAGACGUUGAGGAUCGAGAGCAGAAUCGUAGCCUUGUCAGCGUCAAGUUUACCAAGGUCAAUCGAUCAUCACCAGAGUUCAUGCCUGUGUAUGAAGGUGUGGAGACGAACGUCACCGCCGCAAUAUCAACUAUCAACCUCAUCGUUACGAGGAAGACGCUUCUUACCUUGCUUGACUUCAUCCUGGCAACUUUCACCGGAAACAACAACGAGGCAGCGACGCCUCAAGAACAGAAGGCCAUCUCCGAUUCGGAGGACGAUGACGAAGGUGUCGAGAUUGCCGUUGAUGCUCCUCCCGAGGACGGGCCUACGAACGCAGGCUCCAUUAGAGUCAAGAUCGACCUAAAGAGUAUCCGUCUGAUCCUGAACAACGAUGAAAUUCGCCUAGCAACCCUGUCUUUCAACCACGCCGAUGUUGGAGUCUUCCUUUUGGGCAAGACGAUGCGAGUCAAUGCUAGACUGGGCAAUCUCAAUCUGGUUGACGAUAUCAAUCAAGGUGUCUCGGAGGAUUCCAACCUGAGGCAACUCAUUUCUAUUCAAGGCGAUGAGCUCGCUGAUUUCCGCUACGAGACAUUUGAUGCUACCAACAAGAAAGCGUAUCCUGGAUACGACUCAUCGGUCUACCUACGGGCUGGUUCCGUCAAGCUUAACUUCCUCGAGGAGCCCUUCAGGAAGAUCAUUCAGUUCCUCGUCAAAUUUGGCAAGAUGCAAGCCAUUUACAACGCCGCACGUCAAGCAGCAGCGUCCCAGGCCACCCAAAUCCAACAAAGCACAAACAAGUUCAAGUACGACGUUGUGGUCAAGACGCCAAUUGUUGUCUUCCCUCGGGUCGUCAAUCACGGCCAGCCCAAACGGGACGUUAUUACCGCCUACUUGGGAGAGAUCUACGCUCAGAAUAAGUUCGCGCCCUUGGACGAUUCCCAAGACUCCCAAAUUGCGACCAAGAUCUCCGCAGGCAUUCGCAAUAUUCGUCUGACAUCCGAUUUCAACUAUCCUGGUGACCUUUCAGAAGAGUUGGAGUUGAUCGACAAAGUUGACUUGGGCUUUAAUGUCACGUAUGCCGAGCACCAAGAUGGCACAAAGCGACCCGAGCUCGAAAUUGAAGGAAGCAUGUCGGAUUUCAACUUGAAACUUACUCAGUACCAACUAAGGUUCCUGAUGGAGAUUUCAAAGGCAGUACCAGCAGCGUUCGCCACCGAUUCAGAAGAGCAAGAUCAAGAAGCUGAGCGAGAAGUAGACAAGGACACUCUUCAAAGAGCGAGAUCCAUGCCGCUUGACAAGAAGGGAAGCGAGGAGGAGAAGCAGGUUGAUCUUGGACCCGAACUCUCACCCAAGAACCAGACGUGGACAAAGCUCGACCUCGUCUUCCAGGUCAACACAAUUGGUAUGGAACUACUGCUUGCUCCGGAUGACAAGCCGAUCGGCAAGCUUGAAGACGCCAGCCUGUCGCGCUUCUCUUUGGACGUCACGAAACUCAAGACGAGAAUGCUCAACGACGGUUCGCUCGAAGGCGAGUUCUUGAUCCACUCAUUCACGAUUUACGACAGCCGUCCGCGUGAAACAAACAAGUUUCGACGUAUCAUGACUUCCUCGAACAAGGAGGUUCAACAAUUGAUGGCCAGCAUCACAAUGUCUGGCGGCCAAGACAGAAGCCUCAUCGCAAUCGUCACCGUCGACAGCCCACGCAUCAUUUUCGCACUCGACUACCUCUUUGCCAUCCAGAACUUCGUCAUGGUUGGCUUGCAACCGGAGGAACCUUCUCCGGUAGACGAUGAGUCUCUCUUUGAGACCCCUGACGAAUCAGAGGCCGAUGCCGACUCAAUGCAAGUCACUUGGUCCAACAAGCCCAAGUCCCAGAAGAGUAGCAGAGAGGGGGCGGAAGAGCCGCAGGCAGAGACCGAGGAGAAGCCACAGAGCACCAUGAGCAUUGCGUAUAGGGUGAACAUUGUCGAUGCACAGGUUAUCCUGAUCGCCAACCCCCUCAGCGCAAGCUCCGAAGCCAUUGUUCUGGGUACCAAGCAAGUUUUGCUUUCUCAGCAACAUGCUCUGACCUUCCAGGUCUCCGAGAUCGGCAUGUUUUUGUGCCGGAUGGAUCGAUUCGAAGACUCGCGUCUCCGACUCAUUGACGACUUUUCAGUCCAAAUGUCUAUGGAUAGCUCGAAACCUAACAUUACAAGCAUUCAUGCUGAUAUUGAACCCCUGAUCUUGAGGUUGUCUCUGAGAGACAUUCUGCUCGCACUUCAGAUCGCAAGCAAGGCGACUGAGCUGUCAGAUCAGCAGCAAAAGGAUCAGAAGGAGAGCAAGAGCGCAUCGGCAGCGGACGAGAAAGCGAGAAAGCUGCGUCAAGCAGGUCUGAAGCAGCGGACUGCCAGUGGCAAGGGCCCUUCAACCAUUGCGAAUAAGACUAUGAUGUCCAAGACUGCAUUGGUAGCAGCAUCUCAAGCCAAACAAGCCCACAGUGAUUCCAAUAACACAGCUGUUCAAACUCAGCCUAAGCGCCACGAGGAACUUUCGGCAACAAUUGAGGGCAUCCGCGUUGUCCUCAUCGGCGAUGUCCACGAACUUCCCAUCCUAGACCUGGGUAUCAAGAACUUCACCGCCACGGCCGAAGACUGGUCUUCGAAUCUCAAGGCUGAAACUGCGAUCGAUAUCUAUACGAACGUGUACAACUUUUCAAAGUCCGCGUGGGAGCCUCUGCUAGAGCCUUGGCAGGUCGGAUUUGGCAUUGCGAGAGAGCAGCAGUCGGGUCUUUUGUCCAUUGAUGUCGCUUCCAAGAAGAUUUUUGAUGUCACAAUUACGACAGCUACCAUUGCCUUGGCGUCCAAGUCCUUCGCUUUCCUUAGCAAGGACGAAGAUGUUCUCGGCAAACCGCGUGGUGUUGAUGCCCCUUACCGCAUCCGGAACUAUACCGGAUUUGACGUUGUCGUACAGUCAAAGAGUAUAACGACGGACGACAACAUGACCGCGCGUCUCGAGGACGGGCAGGAAGUCCCUUGGAGCUUUGAACCGUGGGAGAAGAUGAGAGAGAACCUAUCGACUGAGAGCAGUACUGGUAGUGUCGGCAUUCACUUGGAAGGUAGUGGCUUUGACCCGGUCAAGAACGUCAGGCUGAAUCGUGAGGGUGAAGCGAUCUACGGCCUCAAGCCCAAGACUGACAACAUUUUGCACCGACUUCUCGUAGAGGUCACCUUGGGCAAGGACAACGUCAAAUAUGUCACUCUACGAUCGCCCCUCGUGGUUGACAACCUCACCCAGAUCCCAGUCGAGCUUGGGGUCUACGACGCGCAAGAAGGCCACCUGCUCAAGAUCGAGAAGAUCGCUCCCGGUGAAAGCCGCCCGGCUCCUGUGGGUGCCGUAUUCCUGAAGUCUCUAUUGGUACGGCCCGACUCUGGAUUUGGCUACGCCUGGUCCUCUGAGACCUUGUGGUGGAGAGAUCUCUUGAAGCGGCCAACACGGACGAUGGUUUGCAAGGGGGAGAACGGGGACCCGUUCUACUUCCAGCUCAACGCCACCUUUGAUCGGUCGAAUCCUUUAACCAAAAACUAUCCUUACAUGCGCAUCAAGCUUUCGCCUCCAGUUAUCCUCGAGAACUUGCUUCCUUACGACUUCAAGUAUCGCAUCUACGACAAGAACACCAAAAAGGACUGGGCAAACUUCCUCCGCAAAGGUGGCCUUAGCCCCGUACAUGUUGUAGAGCUAUCACAUCUGCUCCUCCUCAGUGUUGACAUGCAGGACACUGUCUUCAAACCCAGCGACUUUGCCAUCAUCAACUCUGGGGCUUCGGAUGAUUUCAAAAAGGAAGACAGGCUGCUCUGCAAGGACGAGGAAGGCUUGCAGCUAAAUCUCAAGCUCCACUACCACAAGAUCCCUGAUAGCGGUGGAGCUUUCCGGGUCACGGUCUACAGUCCCUACAUCAUCCUGAAUAAGACUGGUCUUGACCUGCAGAUCAGAGCCAAGGGCUUCUUGCAGGGCGCACGACCUGCAGCCGGACAGUCGACUCUGUCCUCCAGGUCUGGCAACAACCGUCCCAGAGCUACGCCAUUCAUGUUCUCCUACGGCAACGACGAUCAUAGAAACCGAGCCUUGCUGCAGAUUGCGGAUUCGGAAUGGAGCAAGCCGCAGAGUUUCGACGCCAUCGGAAGCACAACCGAGGUGGUGCUGCCCUCGCCCUCCAGGAACACUGAGGUGCACAUUGGCAUCACCACCGAGGCUGGAGAAGGCAAAUACAAGAUGACCAAGGUCGUCACUCUCGCACCACGAUUCGUUCUGGAAAACAAGCUUGGAGAGGAGAUCAACAUACGGGAGUCUAGCUCUUCUGGGUUCAUGACGCUCAAGCCCGGCGCCCAUGAGCCACUUCACUUCAUGCAGAAGACCUCCAUCAAACAACUUUCGUUGUGCCACCCCGGCAUGAACAACCAGUGGACCUCUCCUUUCAACAUCUCAGACAUCGGAACCACCCACGUCAAGAUUGCCAAAGCAGGCCAACGCCAACGUCUGAUUCGCGCUGAGAUCUUGAUGGAGGGUGCAACAAUCUUCCUCCAUCUCAGCUUGGAGACCAAGAAUUGGCCAUACCAGAUGCGAAACGAGAGUGACACAGAAUUCACAUUCUAUCAGGCCAACCCUAGCCUGGACGAUGAUGGAGUCGAAGACAGAUCCGGCUGGAGGCCAAUCAAGUAUAGGCUGCCGCCUAGGAGCAUCAUGCCAUACGCAUGGGAUUUCCCGGCUGCCAAGUUCCGUGAGAUUAUCAUCAAUGCCCAUGGCAAGGAAAGACAUGUCAAGCUCGCGGAAAUCGGCAAUCAGAUUCCAAUGAAGUUUGCGACGACAUCCGGACAACAGAAGAUUAUCGACAUCAAUGUUGCCGCUGACGGACCUACCCAGACUAUGAUUCUGUCCAACUUCCGGCAAUCCAAGAGUCUGUAUCGACAGAAGUCCAAGUCUGGAUCUCGCACGAGCACCGAUGGCUUUGAGGUCAAAGAUCAAGAGACGACUGCAACCUUCCGCGCUCAGCUGAAGCUUUCGGGCAUUGGAAUCUCGCUCAUCAAUUCACAACUAAAGGAGCUUGCAUACGUCACAUUCAGAGAUGUCUCUCUUCGUUACCAUGAUUCUCCUUUGCAUCAGACGAUCGCUCUAUCUGUCAAGUGGAUUCAAAUAGACAACCAACUGUACGGUGGUUUGUUCCCGAUGAUCUUGUACCCGAGUGUCGUUCCAAAGAGGGCUCAAGAGGUCGACGCACAUCCCUCGCUUCACGCCAUGGUUACUCGCGUGAAGGACGAUUCCUACGGGGUGCUGUACAUCAAAUAUGCAACACUGCUGAUGCAGCAGAUGACAAUCGAGCUCGAUGAGGACUUUGUCUACGCUGUCUUGGAUUUCUCCAAUAUUCCUGGGGCCGCCUGGUCAGACACCAAUGAGGACGGCAAACUUUGUGACGAGGAGCUGGACAUCCCGGAGCCGCAGCGGCAACAAUCUGGACAAGACAUCUACUUCGAGCUUCUCAACAUCCAGCCCAUGCAACUCGACCUCUCCUUCAUGCGCACGGAGCGAGUCAAUGCCGAGGACAAGACGUCGUCCCGAAACCCUCUCAUGUUCUUCCUCAAUGUCAUGACGAUGGCCAUCGGUAAUAUCAACGACGCGCCGAUUCGCCUUAAUGCACUCAUGCUAGACAACGUCCGCGUGUCCGUGGCUGCCUUGACACAAAACAUCAUGAGUCACUACAGCCAAGAAGUUCUUUACCAGGUUCAUAAGAUCCUCGGGUCUGCCGACUUCCUCGGAAACCCCGUUGGCUUGUUCAACAACAUCAGCUCCGGCCUUACAGACGUGUUCUACGAACCCUACCAAGGUCUCAUUCUUUCGGACAAGCCCGAGGACUUUGGUAUCGGAGUUGCGAAGGGAGCCGCAUCACUUGUCAAGAAGUCUGUCUACGGCUUCACCGAUUCCUUCUCCAAAUUCACCGGCAGCUUGUCAAAAGGCCUUGCAGCUGCGACUCUCGACAAGCAAUUCCAAGAUCGUCGUCGCAUUACGCGUGCACGCAAUCGGCCCAAACAUGCUCUGUAUGGCGUCACUACCGGCGCCAACUCUUUCUUCACAAGUGCCGCUUCUGGCGUGGGAGGACUCGUCCGCAAACCAUUGGAGGGUGCCGAGCAGGAGGGUGCUGUUGGAUUCUUCAAGGGAAUCGGCAAGGGUGUCGUCGGAUUUGCUACCAAGCCCGCUAUUGGCGUUCUAGACAUGGCCUCGAAUGUCUCAGAAGGCAUCCGCAACACGACCACCGUCUUUGACGGCUCAGAACUCGAUCGUGUCCGCCCUGCUCGAUUCGUGCCUUCUGAUGGUAUCGUGCGACCGUACAAUGCCCGGGAAGCCCUUGGCCAGUCAUGGUUGAAGCAGGUCGACAAUGGCAAGUACUUCAACGAGAACUACAUUGCCCAUCUCGAACUGCCACGCGAGGACAUGGUUGUCAUGGUCACUUACGCUCGGAUUUUGCUUAUUCGUAGCCGGCGACUGACGUCGGAAUGGGAUGUGCCCCUCAAGGACGUCCAGACGAUUGCCAAGGAGCGGACUGGCCUGAGCCUGACGCUGAGGGGAGGCACGAACGGUCCAUUCCUACCUGUUGGCGAUGAAAGUGGCCGCGCAUUUUUGUACAAGAUGGUGGCCGUCGCUGUGGAGGAAUUCAACCGUCGGUUCAGGGGACUCGAGUAA